AUGGAGAAACGUUUGAUUCAAAUAUCUGGCUUUUUGAUCUCAUCACUGGGAUGGCUGUUUGUGCUGUGCACAAUGGCCAUGGACUACUGGAGGAUCACCCAGUUAGGAGGCCAAGGAGGAUCCUUCAUCAUCAAGGUGGCCUGGUACUGGUCUAACCUCUGGAAGGACUGUUUCACCGAUUCUACGGCAGUGACAAACUGUAGAGACUUCCCGGUGCUCUGGAGUGUCACCCCUUUCAUCCAGGGAGUGCGAGGAUUGCUCAUGUGUGGGUUAACUCUGGGAUUCUUUGGUGUGGUAUUAUGCUUUAUUGGAAUGGAGUGCACUUACAUCGGUGGAGCAGAUAGAACCAAAGACAAACUGCUUUUUGCAGGAGCAGUGUUUCAUUUUGCUGGCGAAAUGUUUUGCCCUCAUUAUUUCUUGGUAUCAACGAAACCUCUGCACACAGGUGUGUCAGAUAUUUCUGGAUACUGCUUAUACAUCAACAGGAUUGCCAGAACAUCCUUUGCUCCCAGUGUAGGACCAGGAGUCUUACGGUAUGACCUAGGACCUCCCAUAUUUCUUGGAUUGGUGGGAUGUUUCUUCAUCCUUUUAGGAGCGGUGUUUUAUGCUGUGACAGUCUACCGAGUAAUCUGCCCUGAAAGUAAAGUGGUAUAUGACUAUGGAGGAGGCACAUACAUGGCCCCUCGCUCCAGAGGAAGAACCCUGUACACCGGAUACUACAGACCGUCUAGGCAGUAUGGAUCUUAUUAUAUAGACUCAGGAAGAUCCAGCAGCUCCAAGAUCUCGAAGCUUUCUCAGACAACGCCGGAUAAAAUCUCAGAAAGAGAUGCAUUUGUGUAG